AUGCCAUCGCAUCUCGAGCAAGAGGUGGCACAACGCCUCUCUGACACGCUUCCCAAUGCCAGCGAACUGCUCGCACAACGUGUCAUCUCGCUCUCCCGCUCGCUCCCCUCGGACAAGGCUUUCGUCAAUGCUGCUCGUGCAUUCGGCAGAUUUGACGAGACAUUCCUCAUCGACCUUCGCACCUACAUUGCAUCGCAUCCUGAAAAGGGCCCGAGUGACAGUAAUGGGAUCUCUUCCCCCUCCCCCGCGUCACAACCGGCAACACGCGCCGAGCCGCAGCUCGAACGGUCGGGUCUUUCCACGCUCGGUGGCGAGAAACACGUCUUCAAAGCACCGUCUUCGUCAAGGCCAAAGCAGAGCCUGCUAGGUCUCGACAAGCUUGCUGCUGCCAAGCGUGCAGAGCACAGCAGCUCGGCAUCGCCCAAUUCGUCCUACAAACGCCAACGAAUCUCCAACACUCAGCUCAGUCACCUCCAAGAUGAUCUCGACUCGCCGGCUGAUGCAACAGCUCCCGCUGAACCGACGUUCAAGGCGCCUUCUCGACCUGCCUCAGUAGCACAGGCUCAGAUGAGAGCUCGCGGUAACGAGACUCCCAGCCAUUCGGGUGGCUUGAGCGAUACGGCUGCGCGCCGACUAGAAGAGCAUCGACGCAAGCGCGCUAUGGCUGCCGAUGCAAGAAACGAGGCUUCUAGCAAAGGCAAGCAGACUGCAUCUUCUUUCCAUCCAAAUGGCAGCAUUUCUGCAAGAUCGACGGCUUCAGACAGUGCCAACGGAGACUCGUGGCGUCCCUCGGAUCGGGAUCGCGAUCAACGGCGAGCACCAUAUUCGGAACGCAGUCGCGAUAGCACGGAUCGACACCCCCAAAAUGGCCGAGACGCAACUCCAUCGCAACGCCUCGAGCGACGUACCUGGGAUGCGACGCCCCGCAGCUCAGCACGUCAAAGCGACGACAUGGAUCGCUGGACGCCGCGACAUUCUGAAACCAGUGCAAGAUCAAGAGCCCCAGAUUCGACCCUAGCAUCCACACGCUCAGCCGGCUCUCGUCGCUGGGACGAGACUCCAUCCCGACGAGGCGCAUCCCCUCCUGUUCUGGAUGAUGGAGUCCGCUGGGACCAAGAAGAUCGUCAGCUUGACCGAGACUGGUACGACAUGGAGGAAGGUGGUGUUGCAGCCGACGAGGAACACAACCCCUUUGCCCAGUACGAAGAUAUGACCGGCCAGAUCUCGGCGCCCCUAGCAGCCAAAAAGGAAAAGGUCACUGCACGUCAAGCUCAGUACAACGCCGACUCGGAUGCAUGGGAGCGCAACCGGCUGCAAACUAGCGGUGUCGGCCCGCGCACUGCCAUUGAUCUCGACAACAUGGACGAGGACAGCGAAAACCGCGUGCAUUUGCUGGUACACGAUCUUAAGCCGCCCUUUCUGGACGGCAAGACGGUGUUUACAAAGCAGCUCGAACCCAUCAACCCGGUCAAGGAUGGUCUCUCUGAUAUGGCCGUCUUUGCUCGCAAGGGAAGCCGGCUGGUCCGGGAAACGAGGGAGAAGGCUGAGCGUGCCAAGGCGGCGGGAAAGGUCGCAGCCAUGGGCGGCACGACGCUGGGCAACAUCUUGGGUGUCAAAGCGGACGACGAUGAGGAUGAUCCCGCCGCUGCCACUUCCGAUGCGGCGAAAAGCGGUGCAAAGGACCAUGCUGUCAGUGAUGAGGCCGAUUCUCCACAGCACGGCAAGGGCGACUCGCAGUUUGCACGACACCUGAAAGCCAACACCGGCGGGUCCGAGUUCAGCCGCUCCAAGACGCUAAAAGAACAACGCCAGUACCUCCCUGCCUUUGCCUGCCGCGAAGACCUCAUGAAGAUCAUCCGCGAGAACCAGGUGAUCGUCGUCAUUGGCGAGACAGGCUCAGGAAAGACCACGCAGCUCGCCCAAUUUCUGCACGAAGACGGCUACACGAAAUACGGCAUGGUUGGCUGCACGCAACCGCGCCGUGUCGCCGCCAUGAGUGUCGCAAAGCGUGUCAGCGAGGAGAUGGAGUGCAAGCUGGGCGCGCUCGUGGGCUAUUCGAUCCGAUUCGAGGACUGCACCAGCGCCGAGACUAAGAUCAAGUACAUGACCGAUGGUGUGCUGCUGCGAGAAAGUCUCAACGAAGCGGACUUGGAUCGGUACAGCGCUAUCAUCCUCGACGAGGCGCACGAGCGAUCGCUCAGCACCGAUGUGCUCAUGGGUCUGCUUCGCAAGAUUCUGCAACGCCGACGCGAUCUCAAACUCAUCGUCACUUCGGCUACCAUGAACGCGGACAAGUUCGCCUCGUUCUACGGCGGUGCGCAGACGUUUACCAUCCCGGGCCGGACGUUCCCCGUCGACGUGCUGUUCAGCAAGACCCCUUGCGAAGACUACGUCGACAGUGCAGUCAAGCAAGCGCUCUCGAUUCACCUCUCGCAUCCCAAAGGCGACAUCCUCGUGUUCAUGACGGGUCAAGAAGACAUCGAGGUGACGUGUCAGGUCAUUGCCGAGCGUUUGAGCCAGAUUGACGACGCACCCCCGCUGCUGGUGCUGCCCAUCUACUCGCAGAUGCCCGCCGACCUACAGGCCAAGAUCUUUGACGCGGCCGAGAACGGCGAACGCAAGUGCAUCGUCGCGACCAACAUCGCCGAGACGUCGCUCACCGUCGACGGCAUCAUGUACGUCGUCGAUGCGGGCUACUACAAGCUCAAAGUGUACAAUCCCAAGGUGGGUAUGGACUCGUUGCAGAUCACGCCGAUUUCGCAGGCCAAUGCGAACCAGCGCUCGGGCAGGGCGGGCCGCACGGGCAGCGGCACGGCGUACCGGUUGUAUACCGAGAUGGCGUUCCGCAACGAGUUGUUUGCGAACACGAUCCCGGAGAUCCAGCGGACGAAUCUGGCGAACACGGUGUUGAUGCUCAAGAGUCUGGGCGUGAGCAAUCUGCUCGAGUUUGAUUUUAUGGAUCCGCCGCCGCAGGAUACGAUCCUCAACAGCAUGUAUCAGCUGUGGGUGUUGGGCGCGCUGAACAACGUGGGUGAGCUGACGCCGCUGGGCAAGAAGAUGGGCGAUUUCCCCAUGGAGCCCAGCCUGUCCAAGAUGCUCAUCACAAGCGUCGAGUAUGCGUGCUCGGUCGAGAUGUUGACCAUCGUCAGCAUGCUGUCGGUGCCAUCAGUGUUCUACCGCCCCAAAGAGCGGCAAGAGGAAAGCGACGCGGCUCGCGAGAAGUUCUUUGUCGCCGAAUCCGACCAUCUGACCCUUCUGCACGUCUACAACCAAUGGCGCAACAACGGCUACCGCGACUCAUGGUGCAACAAGCACUUUCUCCAUCCCAAGACGCUCCGCAAAGCGCGCGAAGUGCGCCUGCAGCUCGAAGACAUCAUGAAGGCGCAAAAGCUCCGGCUGGUCUCGUGUGCCACCGACUGGGACGCCAUCCGCAAGUGCAUCACCGCAGGCUACUUCCACCAGGCCGCGCGCUCGGCGGGGAUCGGAGAGUACGUCCACUGCCGCACGGGCAUCAAGAUGUUCCUCCACCCCACCUCGGCGCUCUACGGUCUCGGGUACAGCCCCGAGUACGUCGUAUACCACCAGGUCGUGCUGACUUCCAAGGAGAUGAUGAACACUGUCACGCAGGUGGACCCGCACUGGCUGGCCGAGUUGGGCGGUGCGUUUUAUUCCAUCAAGGAGAGGGGCAGUACGAGCAGUGUGACACGGGCAAGGAGGACUGGCGAUCUGGAUAAGCUCACCAGUCUCGAACAGCAGAUGGCCAGGGAUCGUGAGGACGAGGAGCGCAAGCAGAGCGAGAGCAGACAACAGCAGAGGAAAAAGGCGGCCAGUAAGGGUGGCGAGACGCCGGCGAUCGCCACACCGGGUGCGACACCGUUCAGAUCUAGGGGGAGAAGGUUCGUAUAG